CAUACAGUUUCAACUGAUAGUUUAAACUGAACAGUUUAAACCGUCAGUUGAAACUGUACACUGUUGAAGCAAACACACAUACAGUUCAAUUCUUCAGUUUUGGCAAUGGAUUCGAAGAAGCAAGACGAUAUCGCCCAUUUCGCUUUACUUUUUAUCUUGUUAAAAAAUAGAAAAAAAUCGAAAAAGCGUAAACAAUGGUGUAAAAAGUGGUUACAAAGGCGAAAUCAAUCUUCAGACAUAAAUUUAUUGAGAGAAUUACGUGAAGAACCAUUAGAUUUCCUCAAUUACUUGCGCAUAACCGAAACAGUGUACCAAAAAUUGCUCUCGCUGGAUUCUCCGUUAAUUAUAAAGAGAGAUACAGUAAUGAGAAAAGCAAUAUCUCCACACGAGAGAUUAACUGCUACAUUGAGAUUCUUAGCAACAGGACGGUCGUAUGAGUGCCUCAAAUUUUCGACAAGAAUAUCACCUCAAUCUCUUGGAAAAAUUAUCCCAGAGACGAGUAACGCCUUGUACAAAGUUUUACGGAAGUAUAUUCAGUUUCCCAACUCAGAAGAAAAAUGGAAGGAAAUUGCGAGUUCAUUCGAGGAAAGAUGGCAUUUCCCACACUGCAUCGGUGCCGAAGACGAAGAAAAAAAUGGAAUAAUAUCGAGCUGCGCAUGCCCGACAAUAGGUUGGCUAAAUCAAGAAUAA